AUGGAGACAUAUGAAGAGUGCGUAUACAAAGCAAAGCUAAGUGAAAAAGCAGAAAGGUUCAAACAAAUGGUAGAAUGCAUGAAAACAGCAGUAAAACAAGCCAGUUCCAUAGGAAAGAGUAUAGGGAUAGAGGAGAGAAAUAUGCUCUCUGUUGCGUAUAAGAACCAGGUGGGGGUAAGAAGAACUUCCUGGAGAAUACUCACAAAAUCAUUACAGGAGUGUAAGCUGGCAGAGCAGAAUUCCAGUGGAGCAGUGAAUGAAAAGCACAUUCAAAUAAUUAUGGAUUACAUAAAAACAGUAGAGAGUGAAUUAAAUGGGAUAUGCGAUGACUUACUCUCACUACUGGACUCGUAUUUAAUUCAAGAGACAGCCAAGGACUCACAGGUAUUCUUCUUAAAGAUGAAAGGAGACUAUCUCAGAUAUAAAGCAGAAAUAGCGAAUAAUGAAUAUUUAGCAGAAGUAUCACAGCAGGCACACGAUGCAUACCAGAAAGCAAUGGAAAUAGCAAAUGCAAACCUGCCCCCCACAAACCCCACCAGGCUUGGUUUAUAUUUGAACUACUCCGUGUUCUGCUUUGAGAUCCUGAAUGAGCGGACCCGUGCGAUAGAAAUGGGCAAGAAAGCCUUUGAUGAAGCAAUUUCUGAGUUAGACUCUUUGACAGAAGAAAGCUACAAGGACUCUACGCUUAUUAUGCAAUUAUUGCGGGAUAAUCUUUCCUUGUGGACGACUGAGUAUGCGGAGGAGGUUGCUUAUUAAGUGUUGAUUGUGCCUUUAUUAUGUGAUUUGGACUAUUUAAGGUGCCUGUGCAUUUGAAUUUCGGGUUAUUAGCUUGUUUGACAUUUUCC